AUGGCGUCGACAAUCACGUUGGUCGUUCAACCCCGGGGUAAACCCAUUAGGAAGCUUCCAAAGGAACUUCAGAUUGGUCCCAAUGCUUCUACACAAGAAAUCUAUAACUCACUCGCGGAAGCUUCGGGCUUCCCCAUCCACCGUUUGAGGAUCACCAAGGGAAGCGACCGAACAGUUGUCCCCAAUUCAAAAGGCACAAGUGUCAAUGAUAUUGGACUCCGGGAUCAGAGUGUAGUUCAUGUCAAGGAUCUGGGUCCCCAGAUUGCAUGGCGCACAGUCUUCAUUAUCGAGUACCUGGGGCCUCUUCUCAUUCCUGCUCUGUUUCUGUUCCCUCUCCGGCCAUAUAUCUACUACAACUUCGACAAGCCUCUACCCGAGCCUUCCAACCUGCAGCUACUGGUCUGCGGGCUCCUAAUCGUGCACUUCACCAAACGCGAGCUCGAGACUCUCUUUAUCCAUCGUUUCAGCAAUGCCACGAUGCCCGCCCGUAACAUCUUCAAGAACAGCGCUCACUACUGGGUUCUUGCCGGCUUCAACAUCGCGUACUGGGUUUUCCGCCCGGACGCGGCUGCUGCCACCAGCAAAACCAACCCAGCCCUCCUCUACAGCGGUAUUGCCCUUUUCAUCUUCGGCGAGCUGGCCAACUUGAAUGCACAUCUGGUGCUUCGCGACCUGCGUCGACCAGGUACCACCGAGAGGGGCAUUCCGUCCGGCUUCGGAUUCAACCUUGUGACUUGCCCCAAUUACUUGUUCGAGAUCAUUGCCUGGAUUGGCAUCUAUCUGGCCAGCGGAAUGAGUUGGAGUGUCUUGUUUUUCAUCACUAUUGGAGGUGCUCAAAUGGCUAGCUGGGCCGCUAAGAAGGAACGCCGCUAUCGCAAAGAGUUCGGUGACAAGUACAAGCGCAAGAGGUCUGUCAUGAUUCCUGGAAUCUUCUAA